AUGGCUGCACCAGGACCAGAAGUGACAGCUCUUAUGAAAAGAGGGAAGCGAAACACUGCCAGUUAUUAUAAAGGGGAGUGCUUUCGAAAGGGCGGAAACAAUCAGUCGUUAAAUAAUCUUUUGGACAGUUUAUUCGACCCAAGAUCAAAAUCUAUCGACGAUGUUGACACGAUUGAUUGGUGUCGAUGGUUAAUAGCUGGCGGAUCCACAUUUGACGAAUUCACAAAAACAGUAAAACAAUAUGAUAAUGCCAUUAUCUGUGGACUUGUUUGGACAGCCAAUUUCGUGGCUUACCGUUGUCGGACUUGUGGGAUCUCACCGUGCAUGUCAUUGUGUGCAGAGUGUUUCCAAGCUGGGCAGCAUGAGGGACAUGACUAUAAUAUGUUCCGCAGUAAAGCAGGGGGAGCUUGUGACUGUGGAGAUGUCAGUGUUAUGAACAAAGACGGAUUUUGUCUGCGUCAUGGACCGAAUCGUGGGAAGCAACACUCCAGUCCUCCCCCUGAUCUACUGGCCAUUGCUGAAGCCAUGUUACCAAGGGUUGUCCUCCGACUCGUUCAUCAUCUCAGAGACAGUUCAAAUCCAGAUAUGCAGGGUACCUACUCUUUGGCAAUGCAGGAUGCAGAACAGUUUCUAACUUUCCUUCAUAGUCUCAGUGACAUGGGAGCUGCCAUGAGGAAAGUGAUGGGCCAGGCACUCACAAAUCAAGUCGUGUAUAAAAACUUAACAGAGGUUACAAAUCCAGAAGAGGAGAGCAAUUCCUAUAAAGUAGACAGUCAGAAGAAAUUCAAAACUACAGUAGAGAAUAUGAAGUAUCCCAAAGUAUUUGAUGAUUAUAUAGGAAUGCUUGCUGGCAUGCCAGGCCUUACGCAAACAUUAAAUCACAAAACUCUACUGGAGGAGCUAGUCUUCUGGAUGGUUAAGUUUGAGUUCCCUCAGAGGAUGGUUACACUUCUGCUGAGUCUACUCCCAGACGAUGAUUACAAGGAGGCCUUUACUAGAGCGUUCAUUGAUCACUAUAGCAGGAUAUCCCUUGUGCUGGUGAAUGGACUGAGUCGGCCGGCUAUCGCCAAUCGAGUGGUUCACAUCAGCGUACAAUUGUUCAGUAAUGAAACAUUGGCAAGGAAAAUGGUGGAUGAAUAUAAUUUGUUGUAUACUCUCAUCUUAAGCCUCACACACAUGGUGGAAAAUAUUGUGACACAAAGCACACUCCAGGACUCUCAGAUGAACAUGCACAUGGUGGUGGACUGUGACAAUGAUGUUAUGAAGGACCAUUGCUACUGGCCAGUGGUCAGUGACCUCAUAAACCUCCUUUCCCAUCAGUCCAUUGCCCACAAGUUCCUCAGUGACCUUCGCCUCAUCAACAUGUGGCUGGAGCUUCUCUGUUACUUCCAAGGUAUGAACUUGAACCAGCGUGAGCUGAGUCAGCACAUGGGGUUUGAGCCAGAGACCUAUUACGCUGCCUUCUCCGCAGAACUGGAGAUUGCUUCCUCACCAAUGUGGUCCCUCAUAUCUCACUGUAAAGCCAAGGAGACUGCCAAUUUCACCAAGAGUAUGGUCUCUGUGUGUUUGGAGAACCUGAGGGAAUGGUUUGAUGCCAUCAAUUGUAUGGAAUCCACCAAGCCUAACCCUUAUCAGUUGACCUUUCACCUGCCUCUACAUCGUUACCUGGCGAUAUUCCUAGUUCAUAGCGUUCAGAGUCAGGAUAUCUCUAUAACAGAAUUUGAUUUGGCUCCGAAGAAGAUGAAAACCAUCCUUCAUCACUUGUUACAGAUACAGGUGUGUGUUGCUGAGGUGUAUGCUAACAUGUGGAUAAGAAAUGGUCUUCAGAUCCGAGGUCAAGCGAUGACCUAUGUCCAAUGUCACUUCUGCUACUCUAUGGUGGACGCUGACCUGUGUCUACAACAGGUGUGUGCUUGCAAGUUAGACCCGGAUUACUUUGUACAGACUGUUUUAGAAAGGUAUCAUGUGACUGACUGGCUGUCCUACUCCAUUCACCCUAACACAGAUCCAAGCUUUAAACUGGAGCCAGAGCAACAACUGGCCAUGGUUGAUGCAGCACUGUCAUACUUAGUUACUCUGUUAGGGGUGAGGACUUAUCUAGGUAUAGUUGAGAAGGACCUGGUCAGACUUGAGAUGUCUACCCUGCUAUGUGUUAGUGAUCGACAGCACAGUCAACUGAGCGAUCUGAUGCCAGAGAAGUCAGGAAUGAUAGGUCACGGAACUGAACUCUUUGAGCCAAUUUUGAAAGAGCUGGCAGAUUACAAAGCCCCAAACUUUGAGGCAGGGGCUGGAUUACAACAGGGAACUUAUGUGCCUAAAGAUUUUAUUUGGGAGAAGGAAUUUGAUCCCGUCCAUGUAGCCUUGAGAGCUGUGUACAAAAAAGACUUCCAGUCUUCCAUGGACAGAUACAGCGCAUUUGUUCGACAGAAUGGGAAGUAUUCUGGGAAGACACCACCUUGGCCUCCAUUCAAACCUCCAGGGGACAUUAAUCCAGCUUAUAAAGACAUGUUUAAGAUUCUUCACUGUAGAACUCUGCACGCCUUCCUUUUUACUGUUUUACACAAGGCACUGACUCGUAACACAGUACCUGAAAGCUGCCUGUACCAUUGUAUUCACCUGUUAAACCUUGCACUCACUAUACCUUGUACAGACAGCAGAAGAAGGUCAAAAACAUUCCGAGGCUGUGCCCCUAAUGGUGACUAUAAGGACUGGUUUUCCUCAACCAGUCUACUACAAAACGCUUGUGAUAUUAUAAAGGAAAUACAUGUCUCAGUCCUCAGCUUAGAACCUGGCGAUAACUUCACCUUUCCUGCUGAUGUUGACCUUGUAAACUCUAGUCUGGAGGAGAUGUUUCAGAUGGCUCCCAGCUCCAUAAUGAGUUCUGGGGGCCCUAUAACUGCGGCUCACUCUGGCCAUAUUCCGAGCCAUCCUACAGUAGUUCCCAUGCCAGGUGAGGGAACCUUCCCAGUGAUCCACUCUAUGUCUAGUCACUCUGGUGCCAAAACAACAGAUAAACCAAAAUAUGAAAGUAAAGGCGUAUCCACGGAGACAGCUCCACCCAUUACAAUUCCGGUAAAUGAGAGCUUGAUUUCCCUGUUAAUGAAACUGCAUUGUAAACUAUCAGGAAAGGCUGGUUCGUAUGUACCUCUGUCAAUGUGUAAUAGACUUCCAUCAGUGUCCCGAAUCGGGGAUGGCUCACACUUCAUCACAUGUUUAUUAGACAAAAUGUCACAACAAAGUUCUCAAUGUGCCAAAUUGAUUGAGGAGACCUACCAACAGCUAGUCCCAAAAUCUGAGGAGGACGGUAAACAGAAAUCUGGCAAGAAAGAUGACAGGAAAAAGAAAGCCAAAGAACGACAGGAGAAGUUGAUGGCACAGUUUGCUUCGAAACAGAAAGCUUUCAUGGAACAAAAUUUUGAUACUGACUCAUUAGAUGACAGUAGCAGUACAACAUCAGAGAAAGCUGACACUAAACAAGUCCUGGAAGAAAAGGAGUUUGACUGUGUCAUAUGUGGCCAUAGCUCACCUUCCACUGCAGACAAACCCAUUGGUCUGGUGGUCUUAAUCCAGGCAUCCAGUGUGCUGGGCCAUAGACUACAGACGGAAGACCCCAUCAAACUUCCUGUGGAGGGAGAAAAGCUAAAUACAACACCUAUAUCUUGUGAAUUGGCACAGAAAAGACAGCUCAAGUCUCUGUUUGAACACUUUGAAGAGACUUCCUGUCAGAUGUCUGUCAACAUUGGCUGGGAAGGAGGUGUGGUGGUGCAAACAUGUGGUCACUAUCUUCACCUAGAUUGUCAUAGUUCCUAUGUUGCAUCUUUAACGACCCAGGAAGUAAACCAGAAUCUUCUGGUUAGCAAGGGAGAGUACUGGUGUCCACUCUGCCGUCAGCUGUCUAACUCAUUCAUCCCCAUCAUCCCAGAAGAGAGCAAGUACACACUGGUGAAGCCGGUCAGUCCUGUCCUAACUCAGAUGAUCAAGGACAUCGCAGAGAUGAUGAUACGACGACCUAUUACACCGCGGUCAUCUACGCUAACCAAAGCUAUGGGCAGUGUGAUGGAGGACCUCACCAAUGUGACAUACAGCGUCUACAAAACCUACACCACAUCACAGUCAUCAGAGAGUGUCCUUCUCUUUGUCUGCUCUGUAGCUAGGUCUAAUUUGGAGAUAGAGCUAUUACAGAGAGGUGGAGAACUAUGUCCAGCUACAUCACUUGGUCGGAAGCAAAGCUUCUUGCCUCUGACCCAUGUUCUAAGCAUGCACAGUAAAAUACUGACCACCAAACCCUAUACUGACCUGUGGUCACACAUUACAGGGGUCAGUUGUGGUGAAGAGUCCAGCAGUGUACGACCCUACAAUAAGGAAGUUCCAGUGCUGCUGAAGGAUCCAUCCUCACUCCUCAUACAACUAAUCCUUACUCUGCCUGCCACAAUAGAGAAAGAACAUUACUGUUUGCUGACAAAGAUGUUGUACAACGUGGUAUUCAUACAAGCCCUUGCAUGUACCAGCUGUAAGUUCACUAUGGAUGAGCGAGAGGCUUGGAGAAAGAAAGGUCGCAAGGUAUCAUUUGACAGUCUGGAGGGGAUGCUAAGUCAUGUAAUCACAAGGUUAGAGGUCAGCCGGCUGUAUGAAGAUGUUGAUAUGCAGGAUAUCGGAAUACCAGCUAUUUGUCAAAGUGUAUGGUCUCCUCACUGUGUAGACAUGGCUGUACAAGAUUUCUGUCUCCCGUUUCUAAAGAUAGCAGCACUUGUUAGACAUCAUAUGUUUGAGCUGGAGUUCCCGGAGAAGACGCCAAAUGUAACAGAGUUCCAGGAGACUUGUCAGUUCCUAGGCCUCAACAAGAUUGGCACUACAAUCACACCACCAGGUAUGGUGACUAGUUCAUCCAUUGUUCAUUGGCUGGUUCCUGAACCAUUAACUCUGGUGAGGGCGUGGUGUACAGACCUGACAAACUUCAUCAACAGUCACCCUAGUGAUGCCAAGAGCUUGUUGUUGAGGAAUCCAACCUGGUACCCACCACAGCUGAUAGCUCUCCCACACCACUACUACAAGAUCUUCCAAGCCUACAAUAAUGCCACCUGCUCUAUGUGUACCAAUGUACCCAAGGACCCAGCCAUCUGUAUGGUCUGUGGACGCUUCUUGUGUUUCCGUCAAAUAUGCUGCCAACAGCAGCGCAUCUACGAAUGUGUUAGACAUUCCAUAGAGUGUGGUGCAGGGACAGCAAUGUUUCUACUAGUCAACUCUAGUGUGGUGGUGGUGAUUCGUGGACCAAGGGCCACACUUUGGGGAUGUGUCUACCUUGAUGAACAUGGCGAGGAGGACAGAGACCUCAAACGAGGUAAGCCACUCUUCCUAAGCAAGGAAAGAUACAACCUUUUACAACAUCAGUGGAUCUCACAUAACUUUGACCAUAGCUGUAAACGUUGGAUCUGGCAUCAGGAUCGUCUGUAAGUUCCUGUUUAGGAAUUAUGAGAUCCUGUAAGGAAUUCCUGUGGCCACUGAAGAUACAGCUUGACAAGUCACCUUGAUCAGUAUUCACCUGUAAAACCAUGUAAGGAAUUCUGUGAAUGUGCAAGACAUAGCUUGACGAUUCCACCAGGAUUGUCUGUAAACUCCAAGGUUUCUUGUAUAGUGUUUGCUGUGAUGGUAGAUAGCAUGACUCUGAGAUUCUUUUUUUUAUAUGAUAAGAUGUAGCUUGAUUUGUGCCUGUUAAUACUUGUAAUGAAUGUCAAUUGACUCUGUGAUACCUAUAAACCUACCUGUUGGAUAUCAACAGAACUGCUUAGUCCUAGACAGCACUAAGAGCUCUAAGUGAGUUUGAAAUACAAGCAUUAUUGUACUGUUUUGUUACCACUAAGUUUUUGUUCUAUCAGUAAUCUUAAAUCAUGCAAUAUAUGCACAGGAAUCCACAAUUGAUGAAACCAUUGAUAACUGUGGCCUAGAUGUUUAUACCAGCACCAGAUAUCAAUGGCAGUGAAUUAAGGUAUAAAACAUGCCACUAAAUAAUAUAGGAGUUAUAGUAAAAUAUUCCAAAGCAAGUAGUCAAACCAUUAGGAUUAGAUACAAAAAUACAUUUCCCUCCUUUACUGUGUUCAUAGAAAGCACAAAAAACUUCUGUAAUGCUAUAAAAUGUUGUAUGAUACCUAGGUGCCUAUCAGGUACCCUCGGAGAUUUGCAGAAUCUUACAAUAUGCAGGUACCAAUUAGUACCCCGGGUGAUUUAUAGAAUCUAAUAUAACACCUGGGCACAGCUUAUUUAAGUUAAUAUUAUUUUUGAGAAUGGAAUAAUAUUGCCAAAAUAACCACCUUAGGAAUUAAGUUUAAAAUAGAAAAUCAUGAUAAGUUUGAAAUCUUCAGUGAAAAUUGCAUCCACUUGGCUACAAGCUUUGAUAAAAUGGUUAAGAUUACCUGUGAACUGUGAUACAAGGUUAAAGGUCAACAUGUUAGAUAUGGAAUACAUAAUGUUAUGUUUUUCUUCAAUAUGUCUGUUAGUGCCAAUGCAUUAGCUUGCUAUAUAGGAGGGUUUUGCCUGUUUGCUGGCUUUUGCACCUCCCAAAGAUCCCUGGUCAAAAUAUGCUGUUUUUUUUCUUUAUCUAGCAAUAAUCUUGGUCAGAGUCCAGCACAUUGUUUCUUAAUCAAGGUAAAGGGCUGGGCAUAUUACAGAACAAUAUUAUUUUUCUGACUCCGAGUAAGGGGCUGGGCUUUUUACAGUUCAAUAUUAUGUUUCAGACUCAGAGCAAGGGGCUGAGCUAGCUUAAUACAAAAUAGUUUCAUAAUUCUGACUCAGAGUAAGAGGCAGGUCUUAGUACAGUACAAUAUUAUGUUUCUGACUCAGAAUAAAAGGCUGAAAAUAUUGCAAAACAAUAAAAUGUUGAAAUGGUGAAAGGGGCUAGAGGUUUGCUUAUUAUAGGGCAAUGAAAUGUUUCGAACUCAGAGCUUUUUAACAAUAAUUUAAAACUACACUGAAUAUAUGUGGAAACUAAGGUGUAUCAAAUAUUAAUAUGUGAAUGAAUGGGAUAUAUCAGUAAUUCUUCUAGCCCAUCAUAGCACAGUGUCGAUCAAUAUGAGUGGAGAUGUCAGUGUCAGCUGUGAGUAAGUAUCCUCUUUGUUUAAGAAGGACGUACACCAACAUUUUGACUAAUUGUGUUAUUCCUUGUUCAGUCAGUAAACAACCAGUUACACUCUAAAUCAGUAACUGUUAGUAAUACAUGUGUUUUUAAUGUCUCUUCAUUUACUACAAUACAAAAUCUCUGACUAUAAAUUAUGCAAUAGUAAUACAUGUGUUUUUAUUGUCACUUCAUUUACUACAAUACAGAAUCUCUGACUAUGAAUUAUGCAAUACUUGAAUGUCUUGACAUCUGUCUUUUAGUCUUUUAGUUUCAUGUCAUUUCCUUUGUAAUGUACUUUUUUCUUCACCAUUUGGUGACCCUGAUGACCUGUGUGUCGACGGGUCAUUUAACAAUACAAUAAUGGUAGCACAGAUCAUGACUUACUAGAUAUGGUUCUAUAUAUAGGUCUGUAUGAUACAGCAUACAUUGUCAGCAUCAGUCGGACAUUUCUAGUGUAGUUCUGUGACGUAUCAACUUUCUUCUGGUUGUGAAUAUCAAGACAGUAAAGGAGUUUUCGAUAGAUUUUCUUUAAGGAAACUUUUUUGUCUUUACUUUUUUCAAUAUUUUUUUUUUCAAUUUGACAAGAUUGUGCCAUUUUCACAGCAUUUUAUUUAAUGUCACAUUAUCAGUCUAUAAUCCAGUGGAUUUGCCCAUGUAAUAUUCCAUAUGUUUGCAUAUAUCACUAGACUAUACCAUGAAGCAUUUUUAAUUGGCUGCCCCAUAGGGAUAAUGAUCGUAAUACGUCACAAAUGCAUUAUAAACAUCAUGAAUAGAAAUUGGUGCAACAAAAUGGCUGUCACUGUUUGAUUUCGUCCACAACAUGUUGGAUUUUAAAAAAUAAUGUAACUUUUCUUAUUUUUGUGAUAAAAAGGUAUGUUAAAUUUGUUUUCAUUUAAUUAUAUGAGUUUUUUUUUCUUGAUAAGACUUGAAAAAGUAAAAACUUCUUAAGCAAGUUUAUUUCAUAAUAUCUCCAAUGCAAUAAAAACUCAUUGAUCCUACACGUCUAUGUAACUGGUAAGUAUGUAAAGUGUUUAUUGUGAAAUGCACCAGAGGAUUUUAAAUUCAAAUUGUGAAUCGUGAUUUUUGGACAUUGUUGUAUGUUUUAGAUAAUCUUAUAUGUUUAUUUCCAGUCCUCAAGCGAAGCUCCUUGUGUACUAACACUAAAACAUUCCCCAUAUAUUUAAAAAGAAUUUGACGUCCUACUGCUAAACCAAUGAAGCUAAAAAAACCAGAUGAAAGAAGAUGAUACUACAUAAUACCCAUUAAACUUACUGACGCUGUUCAUAGACUUUUCAUGUUGUAGUAAUUUAAACACUUACACUAAGCUACAUGAUACUCUGUCAUGAGUGUUCCAUUUUGAGGUUGUGAUUCUUUUUCAGGAGAAUUUGUAAAACACAUCUUUUGAUUGAAAGUACAAAAUACUGUUCAUGCUUAUGGUGUUAAGAUGUAUGCCAUUGUGCCAGUUUAAAAUCAUCAUAAGUGUAUGAGUAUAUUACAAUUACAGAUUACCUAAGGUUCAUUAAGCGUGUUUGUUUCCCCCCCCCCC